AGGAGGAGCAGGAAGAGGAAGCAGCACAAGGUUCCUCCCUCCCUGUAUGUGCAGUCCCAGGAGUGUUUCCCUGCCCACAGUCAGCAGGAAUUUUCAUACCGUGUCUAAAUGGAAGAGGAGGAGGAAAAGUCCUGGAGGUGCCACACAAGGAAGGGCUGCAAACCCAGCCCAGGGAGCUGCGAGGAGGAAAGAUCCCCCCAGUGCCAGGAACACGGCCAGAGAUCCAGCCGGAGCUCAGAGCUGGGGGAGAAGCCCCACAAGUGCUUGGAAUGUGGGAAGGGCUUCAGAAAGAGAUCCCACCUCAUCCAGCACCAGAGGAUCCACACUGGGGAAAAGCCCUACGAGUGUGGGGAAUGUGGGAAGAGCUUCAGCCACAGCUGCCACCUGAUCCGGCACCAGGUGAUCCACACUGGGGAAAAGCCCUAUGAGUGUGGAAAAUGUGGGAAGAGCUUCAGAGAUAUCUCUAACCUGAUGAUACACCAGGUGAUCCACACGGGGGAACGGCCCUACACCUGCUUGGAAUGUGGGAAGAGCUUUGGGUGGAGCUCCUACCUGAGAAAACACCAGUUCAUCCACACUGGGGAGAGGCCCUAUGAGUGUCCCCAGUGUGGGAAGAGGUUUCAGCGCAGCUCCCAUGUCCUCCUACAUGAGCGGAUUCACACAGACGAGAGGCCCUUCCGCUGCCCCGACUGCGGGAAGGGCUUCAACCGCAACUCCAACCUCACUCUCCACCGGCGCAUCCACAGUGGGGAGAGGCCCUACGAGUGUCCCCAGUGUGGGAAGAGCUUCUCACAGAGAUCUAACUUGACCCAACACCAACGGAGGCACCAGUAAGGGAAGCCCUGCGAGUGCCCCGAGUGCGGGAAGAGCUUCGUGCGCUGCCCCAGCUCCAUCCCCCAUGGGAGGAUGGGCGUUGGAUGAUCCCCAGUGACCCCCGUUGGGCAGAGCCCUGGUGAUCCGUGGUCCUGGUGAUGCGUGUUGGGAAGACACCUGGCUGGGAGGCUCCACAUCUUCCUGGCUCCCUGUGGGCACCUGGAUGAACACAGGUGCAGGAACAUCCACUGGGACACAGACCAACAAUGGGAAUUCCUUGGGGAGAGUGGAUUCGUUGACUUUUAAUCCUAGAGAACCUUUUCCUGCUGCCUCAGGAGCUCUGUGGGCAGAGAAAAGAAGGUGAUACCAGGCUUGAGGGGCCCAAGAGGAGCACACUCGCUCUAUGGGGAGGGAGGACACGACCCCCGGGUUCCCCCCUCACCUUCCUGCGCAGGCAGAAGCCGAGCCCCAGUGCCAGGAAGACGAAACCCAACACGGAGACUCCAAUCCCUGUCAGCAUCUUGAUGCAGGCAGCAUUUCACAGCAUCCGUGGGUGUCUGCAGGGUUCAGGACCCCCAAAACCUCUUACAGACACCCCAAGCCCCUCCAAGGACCCUCCCAGUCUCCCACAGCCCACCCAGGACCCUCUGAAACCUCCUUUGGAGUCACUAAUUUUAAACAAUUAGUAAUUUUAGAAAAAUUAGGGGUCUUGGCUAGAGAUAGGCCUUGUUGGAACUAGUUAGAGUUAAUGAUGAAGUGAGAAGCAGGAUUUGAGAUAAUGAAUCUCAGACUGAGGUAAAAAAUUCCUUUUCAUUGUGUGUUUGUUUUUCUGUGCUUAUAAUGAGAAAAGAGAAAGUGAUAAACGGGUUCAGGAAGAUCACAGACCUUACAUCUGGAAACCCAUUUCAAAGUCACAAGGGAGGAAACUGGAGUUGUACCAAAUGUCAUUUGUAAUGUUAACCAUUGUAAAGGUAGAAAGGUGAGAGUGAGGAAGAGCGGUUUUCCUUCAUCACUUGAUGAUUCCUCUUUGCCAAAACGACCUCCUCCUCUAAUUAGGGCGCCCAUCACGCAGGCAGAAUGACUUUUUAAAUUCAUUACCGUACAUUUUAAUACGAAGUGGGGAAUGGGAAAUGUUAGCAUUAUGCAUAUGUAUUGGUAUUAAUAUGUAUUAGUAUUUUGGAUAUUUAAGACUUUUGUACAUAAAUAGACACUGGAAUCUUUUGUCAACUUGCAGUGCAUAUUAAGGGGUGACUCCUGCACUUACCCAGUGCUGGGAUUUAAACAUCCACUUUGUAACUUUAAACUGUUGGAGAGGUUUUUUGUCCAUUAACAGAUUGAUGUUGAUACUGGA